AUGGCGGACAACUGUUUGGGUUGUUCGCCCGGUGGCGGAAGAAGCAUUCCUAUAUGGCCAUGUAAAGAUCAGGUUAUUUCAUCCAUGCCACCAUGUUUUAAAGACACUUAUCCCUCAACAAGAUGCAUCAUUGACUGUACAGAGAUCUUUGUGCAAGUGCCAACUAGCCUAAUUACACAGAGUGCCCUUUACUCACACUUUAAGCACCAUGUGACAUACAAAGCUCUAGUUGGGAUCAGUCCCUCGGGAGCAGUAACUUUUGUGAGUCAGUUGUAUCCAGGAUCGCUAUCAGAUAAGGAAAUAGUAUCCAGGUGUGGUAUACUACACCCAGGACUUUGGGAGAAAGGAGAUUCAGUUAUGGCAUACAGGGGAUUUACCAUGCAGGAACUACUUGACCCACUUGGAGUUAAGGUAAACAUACCUGUAUUUCUUGAUGGCAAGGAGCAGCUUGACAAGGAAGAUGUCAUGAGUCAAACAAUUUCUUCAGUUAGAAUCCACGUGGAACGUAUUAUUGCUCGUAUAAAGAAAUUUAAAGUCUUAAAGAAUGAAAUUCCACUGAAUUUGAAUGGGAUCAUAUACCAAAUAUGGACAGUGGCUUGUCUUCUCUGCAACUUUAUGGACCCACUUAUUAAGCAAUAA